AUGGGAAGAUCAUUUGGUAGGCCAAUUCGUGUUGAUGAGACUAUAUUGAAAAAGCAAGCUGGUUUUUAUGCAAAUAUCUUGGUGGAAAUUGAUUUGGCUAAAGUAAUUCCUAAUAAGGUGGGGAUGGAAUCAAAGUAUGGAAAAUUUGAGCAGGAAAUUCGUUUUUCCAACUUACCAAAGUUUUGCAAUCAUUGUCAGGGGCAAAACCAAAAUUCAGUGGGAUUUGAUAUAUGCUUUCCUUCUAAUUCAAAUGCUGGAACAAGUGGACAUAAGGAGGGAGCAAUAACAGACUUAAUUCCAAUUUGUCAGAAUGAUACUUCUAAUAUUAAGUCCACUGGAUCAUACUUUUCUAAAGCUGUGGCCAAACCAAUUAAGGGUAAAAAAGUUGUUCCAAAUGUAACUACUAGAAAGCAGGCAAAUAAUUCAGUAAAAUUUAAGCCAAACGUGAGAGCUUUUAGUAGUAUUUUGAAACAAUUAAGGUUAACUGGUAUAAGUAGAAUGGUUAUUCAUAAUUCUUAUGGAAAACUAAAGGGAAAUAUCUGGGUUUUUUGGAAUUCUUCUUUAUCUAUUCCUUCUAUAAUUUCUUCUACAAGACAAGCUUUAACAACUCAAGUAGCGGAAGCAGUGGUAACUGGAGUCCAUGCAGCAUGUUUAACUAUUGACAGAAGAGAACUAUGGAGCCCACUUAGAAUAACAAUGCAAGAAUUUAGAGACUGUAUAGAAUCUUGUAACUCGAUGCAAGCUCCUAGGUCAGGAAUCAAAUAUUUAUGGUGCAAUAACAAGGUGGGAAGAAAAAGGAUACUAUGUGAUUUAGAUAAAGCAUUUUAUAAUGUUAAAUGGCUGGAGCAAUAUGAAGGUUGGAACUAUAAAGUGGGUGUCAGAGGAACUUCAGAUCAUGGAGCUUUAAUGGGAGGUGUAACAAAUAUUACAAGACCAUCAAAUAUACCAUUUAGGUAUCAAGCUGUGUGGACAACUCAUCCAGAUUUUAUCAAGGUAAUACAAGAUUCAUGGAAUGGAGAAGUUUUUGGGAAUCCAACUUUCUGUUUUAUUAGUAAAUUGAAAAGGCUCAAGAACUGGAUAUGGAAUUGGGAAGUGUUUGGGGAUCUAAGUGAAAAAGUUAAAUCUACCGAAGAUAAUGUCAUGGAUGCUUCUUUAGAAUCUGAUGCAGAUCCUGAAAACAUGAGUUGUUAA